GUAGGCAGCUCACAAGGUUUUUUAAACUACAGCCUAUGUCUCAGUUCCGCAAUUUAAAGCGGUAUCUGUCUCAGAAUGUGAGCAGGAUGUGUCAUUACUGGCGUUAUGGAUCUACAAAGCGAGCUGCUGAAGUCCAUCUGGUACGCGUUUACGUCUCUGGAUGUAGAGCAGAGCGGAAAAGUGUCCAAGUCGCAACUAAAGGUUCUCUCACACAAUCUCUAUACGGCGCUGAAUAUUCCUCAUGAUCCUGUGGCAUUAGAGGAGCACUUUAAGGACAAUAACAAUGGGCCAGUGUCCAACCAGGGCUACAUGCCCUACCUCAACAAAUACAUCCUGGCAAAGGCCACAGAGGGGACGUUUAAUAAGGAAACCUUUGAUGAGCUGUGCUGGACAUUGACAUCAAAGAAGAACUUCAAGCCCAGCACUCAGCAGCGCCUGUGUUCACAGAAAGACUGCUUCAAACUCUUCUGUCUGUUCAACCUGCUCUCAGAAGACCGUUACCCAUUAGUCAUCAUUCAACCGGAGUUGGAGUACCUGCUGAAGAAAAUCUGCAGUACAAUGAGUCUGGAGUGGGAUGGGACGUUAUUGGAGGAACUUUUGUCCCAGAAUGUUGAUCUUCAGGACGGCAUGUCAGUGUGGGAGUUCUUGGAACAUUUGAGUGCAGGCCAGCUUUUGCAUGUUGAGUGUAAGGAGGCCUUCAGUCUCGCUGUGGAUGAAGUUUUCAUGGAGAUGUACCACAACACCAUCAAGAAGGGUUACUUGUUAAAGAAGGGGCACGUUCGCAGGAACUGGCAGGAGCGCUGGUUUGUUUUAAAGCCCAGUAGCCUGACGUACUUUGUCGGCGAGGACCUGAAGGAGAAGAAAGGAGAGAUCCUGCUGGAGGAGAACUGUGUGGUGGAGAAUCUCCCUGAUAAAGAAGGGCGGCGCUGCCUGUUCUGUGUGAAGACCUACAUCAGGACCUAUGAGAUGAGUGCUUCAAACCUGAAACAGAGAGUAGACUGGGUACAAGCCAUCCAGACGGUGUUGAGAUUGAGGGCCGAGGGUAAGAGCUCUCUACAUCAGGAGCUAAAAUUGAGCAGACGCAAGCAGAGAGAAACCUUUCAGAGAAGCCACAGCAACAACAGUGAACCCAUAGCAGAUGAGGUUUCGCAGCACUCCGCUUCGGAGCAGCAGGGGGAAACCGAGAGAUUGGAGCAACACAUCGAGAACAUCAUUCAAAAACAGAGGGAGGUGGAGGCAAAACAUAAAGAGGAAGAGAAGCAGGAGCGAGAGAAACAACAGACAGUACAGAGAGAUCUGGAGAGACAGCUCGAAGAAACUAAAGAGGCCAAGGAGAGGAUGACAACUACAUUGACUGAGAUGGAGAAAGAAGUACAGCAGCAGAAGAAGAGGAUCCAUGAAUUAGAACUCACACAACUUAAACUGGAGGAGGCGCUCAACGCUCAGAUUCACGCCCGUUUAGAAGAAGACCAAGUCCGACUGGAACUAGAGAGGCAGCUUGCAGAGGAGCAGAACGCCCGUUUAGAAGAAGAUCGAGUCCGACGGGAACUAGAGAGGCAGCUUGCGGAGGAGCAGAAGAAACUUGCAGAACUUCUCCUCCUCCAAAGUCAGCUGGAAACUCCUGCUUUUAAGAUUCAGGAUGACACCCCCACCGCAACACGUCCCAUCAAUCAGCAACCAGAGGAGAGCAGUCAACACAACACAGAGGAGGCACUUAUCCAUGAAUCGACUUCCACUGGCGUACCACCCAGCAUCCAGCAACCACAGGAGAGCAGUCAACACAACAUGGAGAGAGAAUUGAUGAGUCAGUCCACUUCCACUCAGAUGAUGAAACACUGGACAAUUCAGCUCAACCGCCUCAUGAAGCCCAUCGCACCAGGAGACAAAGGCGAGCAUCUGCCAGUAAAGCCCACCUGUCCCAGACAGGGCCAGGCCCUCACUAGCACAGAGUUCAUUGCUAAGGUUCAAACAGGCGUCGGUCAAGAAAAAGGAAAUGGUUACAACCUAGCACCACCAGAAGAAGAGGAAGAAUAGGGUUCCUAUAUUUGUGUUCCUACUGUAUAUGUAUAAUAUUGUACAUGUUUUGUGCAGCAGGCUUGCCCUGUGUGUUUGAGUUUGGCUGCAAAAGCACCUCACAGAUCAUAUAUGUACAUACUGAUCAGCUUGUUCAUUAUGUUCUAAGUAAUAUACACAAAAUGAAUAGUAAAUAUAUAUUUCGGCAGCAGUCAGCCAGGUGCUUUUAAGUCUUUAAAUCAGCAUUUUUGACUGUCCCAUUUCAAGGCUCCCCGUUGAUAAAGUAUUUGAGCCCCCCAUAAACUAUAUUAAUAUUA